GUGAGGGCACAUGUGCCAGUGAAUACAGCUGCCACACGGAUAAGACACUUUAAUUCUACAAGGAAAAGAAAGAGAGAAAGAUUAAACUCUAAAACAGAAUCUAGAACUUUCUCCUAUUGGGAAACAGAAGCAGCAGUGAAGAAAACGUGUUGAAUCAUCACUAUAUCGACACACAUCUCCUGGAGGAUCUCAACUUAUAAACUGUCAUGGCUCCCAGCUUGGCCCAGGCCUACAGGAGGAGGUGGUGGAUGGCUAUCACAGCCAUUAUAGAGAACCUGCUCUUCUCCGCUGUUUUGCUGGGCUGGGGCUCACUGCUCAUCAUGCUGAAGAACGAAGGCUUCUAUUCCCACAUCUGUAUCGAAAAUGAGACUGUCGACACUAACGUGACUUCAAUCAAGAGUGUGGAGUGGCAAAGUUGUGUGGAGCAGGAAGAGAUAUUGAACCUUGGCUUUACCAUUGGCUCGUUCCUCUUGAGUGCAGCCACUUUACCCCUGGGGAUCCUGAUGGACAGAUUUGGGCCACGCCCAAUAAGGCUCAUUGGCAGUUCAUGUUUUGCAGCCUCCUGUGCAAUGAUAGCUGCCGCUGCAUAUGACCCUGAAGUGCUGUCUGGCCUCAUCUUCCUCGCUGUCUCCUUUAAUGGCUUUGGAGGAAUCUGCCUGACCUUCACCUCACUUACACUGCCUAACAUGUUUGGGAAUGUACGAUCAACCAUCCUCUCCCUGAUGAUUGGCUCUUAUGCUUCUUCAGCUGUCACCUUCCUUGGUGUCAAGUUGAUAUAUGACCUUGGCGUGUCGUUCCGCGUCAUCAUGUGGGUUUGGUCUGGUAUGGCCUGCAUGGUCUUCAUCAACUGCUUCCUAAACUGGCCUGCUGAAUCAUUCCCUGCACCUGAAGACAUCAGAUACACUAAAAAGGUGAAGCUUAGUGGAGUUGUGACAGAGGACAAGGUGACUGGGGACAGGUACAUCACCCAUGUGACUGUCAUGGAAGACAUGAUGGGACCUAAGCAGCCAGAACCCCAGCAGACAGACUCCCCAACCACAACCCAGGGCUCAGUGCCACUCUGUCAUUCUGUGUGCACUCCCAUCUUCCUGUGGAGUAUCAUCACCAUGGCAAUGACCCAGCUGAGGCUGAUCUUCUUUAUGGGUGCAAUGAACAAGAUGCUGGAGUUCCUGGUCACCUACGGUGACCCCAACCCUUCUGAAGAGCUGCAGGAGGAGGUGGAGGAACAAGUUGGUUUCUACUCAUCGAUCUUCGGUACAAUGCAGCUGCUGUGUCUAGUGACCUGUCCUAUGAUUGGCUACAUAAUGGACUGGAGGUUGAAGGAGUGUGAAGAAGAAAAUGCAAACACACUAACAGAGAAUAGCCAAUCAGAAUCCCCAAAGAGAGACAGAAAGAUCCAGAAACUGACCAAUGCCAUGAGAGCUUUUACCUUCACCAACCUCCUAUUGGUCACCUUUGGAAUAAUUUCCAUGAUUGACAACCUGCCCAUACAGGUGGUGUCAUUUGUUCUGCAUACCAUAGUGAGAGGAUUUAUUCACUCCUGCUGUGGAGGUCUCUAUGCUGCUGUGUACCCACCCAACCACUUUGGAACACUGACAGGCAUGCAGUCAAUGAUCAGUGCUGCUUUCGCUUUGCUUCAACAACCACUGUUCAUACUGAUGGUGGGACACCUCAGUGGAGAUCCUUACUGGAUCAAUUUGGGCCUUCUCAUCUGCUCCCUUGCUGGCUUCCUGUUGCCAGCCUAUCUGUUCUAUCACCGUAGAAACCUGAUCAGGGCAAAAGCAGAGCGUGAUAGGUUGGCUGCCAGCCAAUCUGACAAAGAGAAUGCUCCUCUAACCCAAUCAGAUAGUGGAACUGCUAAGAGCCAAGCCAAUGGGCAUGCAGCUAAUGAUUACACACACAAUGGGCAUACUGUUCAAGAUGAUUGAUCGAACAGGUUUUUUUUAUGAUUACUGUUAUAUACUAUAUAUAUAUUGAAAACUAUGACAUCUAGCAAAAACAAAACAAUACCAAAUUCAAACAUAUUGAGCAAAGUUUCUUUUAUCUUUAUUUAAAACAAACACAAGUACAUACAGGUUUUAGCCAACAAUAGUACCACACCACAGCAAAGUUUAAUACUCUUUGACUUUUCUCUGAUUCCAUUUACAAAUGAUAUGUUAAGGUGGCUUAGUGGUUCACAACAUGGAUUUUAGUUAGUAUAGUUUACAUGCUGUUUAUUGGAGUUUACUUUCCACACAAACACCAUCAAUUGCCCUUAAAUGAGUACAUGUACAUGUGAUGGAACAGGGAACUGCGUCCUGGGAAAGUUUCCAGUCCCCAAACCCUUGACCCAAGCAUUAAAAGAACACGCCGACUUAGUGGGACUUUAGCUUAAUCACGUAUCCCCCAGAGUUAGAUAAGUCCAUACAUCCCCUUC